GGGUAUGUAAACAAGCAGAAUUGUCGCAUUUGGGGCACAGAAAACCCGCACGCAUUCAUUGAAAAGCCGGUGCACCCAAAACGAGUCACUGUUUGGUGCGGAUUUUGGUCCAGAGGCAUAAUUGGGCCAUUUUUCUUCGAAAAUGAGCAAGGUGGCGCCGUUACAGUCAAUGGUCACAGAAAUUGAAGAGGAGGAUAUAGGCAACAUUUGGUUUCAACAGGACGGCGCAACGUGCCACACAGCCGACGCUACACUUGAUGUUUUGCGCCCUGUUUUUGAAAAUCGCAUUAUCAGCCGCAGAGCUGAUGUCGUUUGGCCACCUCGGAGCUGCGAUUUGACACCGUUGGACUAUUAUUUGUGGGGUGCCGUCAAAGAUAAGUGUUACGCCGACAAGCCAGAGACAAUUGACGCUUUAAAGGACAAUAUUCGUGAAGCCAUUGGUGAAAUACAGCUGCACACAAUCGAUAAUGUACUCAAAAAUUGGACCGAUCGUGUAGGCUACUGCAUGGCCAGCCGAGGCAGCCAUUUGAAUGAAAUUAUAUUCCAUCAUUAACCGGAAGGAUUGUACUUUCAAAUAAAAAAAGAAAUUUGAAAAAAUAUUUAGUAGUUUUUUUUUAAUAGCAUUUUUAAAAAAAAAAUGUUAU